UUAAACUGAAAAACACAUGUUGACUUUUAUAAACAUUUCUUUUUAAAUAUUAAAAAACGAAUAGUUCAGUUCUUAAAAGUUAUAAGACAAUGCAAAAUGGUUCGUCGUCACAACAAUCAAUUGCCUGAAAAUUUACCCCAACUCCAGAACCUCAUCAAAAGGGAUUCCGUCUCUUACCAUGAGGAAUUCUUGCAACAGUAUCAACAUUUCCAAAACACGAUAGAAGUGUUCCAGUUAUCGCCGGAACAGCCCAACAAAACAUUAGACGAUUUAGUUAUGUUUAUGGCCCAAGUUGCGCAAUGCUAUCCGACCGAAUUACAGAAUUUUCCGCAACAAAUAAUUGACCUUCUCCGAAGACAUAAUACAGUCCUGGACAAUAAUAUGCGUAUGACUUUCUGUAGGGCUUUGAUAUUAUUAAGGAACAAGAACCUUUUGGCACCUACAGACUUGUUGGAAUUAUUUUUCCAGUUACUUCGGUGCCAAGAUAAAUCUCUAAGGACGUUUUUGGAAAAUCACAUCGUCACCGAUAUAAAAAACCUAAACGCCAAACAUAAAAACGCGAAACUUAAUACAACUCUGCAAAAUUUUAUGUUUACCAUGCUGAAGGAUACUAAUACUAGAGCUGCGAAGAUGUCCGUUGAUAUUAUGAUUGAAUUGUAUAAGAAAAACGUUUGGAAUGACGCUAAAACUGUAAAUGUUAUAGCAACAGGAUGUUUUUCUAAGAUUACAAAAGUAAUGGUGGCAUCUUUAAAAUUUUUCCUUGGAAAAGACCCCGAAGAAAAAGAUUCCGAUGAAUCAGACUCCGAAAACGAGGUUGAUCCUAAAGAGGUCAUGAUGGCCAACAAGGUAAACAAGAAGACAAGGAAAAGGGAGAAAAAGUUAAGUAAAGUAAAGAAAUUGGCUUCUAAGGCUUACAAGAAGAAAUCAGCAGCUCCCGUAUUCAAUUUUUCAGCCAUUCAUUUGGUUCACGAUCCACAAGGUAUGGCUGAGAAAUUAUUCAAACAAUUAGAGAGCACCAACAAACGGUUCGAAGUUAAAUUAAUGACAUUGGACGUCAUUUCCAGACUUAUAGGUUUACAUAACCUCUUUCUGUUCAACUACUACCCUUACAUACAGAGAUUCAUGCAGCCUCAUCAAAGGGAAGUUACCAGAAUUCUCCAGUUUGUAGCCCAAGCCAGCCACGAAUUGGUGCCGCCUGACGUAAUCGAACCAGUUCUGAAGACCCUAGCUAAUAACUUUAUAACCGAACGAAAUUCCUCCGACGUAAUGGCCAUCGGGUUAAACGCUGUCAAGGAAAUCUGUGCCAGAUGCCCGUUGGCGAUGGACGAAGAUUUAUUACAAGACCUGGCUCAAUAUAAGUCUUAUAGAGAUCGAUCGGUCAUGAUGGCGGCAAGAUCUUUGAUACAGCUCUUUAGGAACCUCAGGCCUGAUUUGUUGCAUAAGAAGGAUAGAGGGCGUCCUACCGAAGCUUCGGAAGAAAUAGAGAACAUUCGCUAUGGAAAAAUCAACGCUAAAGAUUACGUGCCUGGCGCUGAAGUACUUCUUGAAGAUAACAAGGAAGAGUUUGAAAUUAAUUCAGAAUCCGAUUCUGACGAUGAACAGUGGAUAAACGUUGAACAUUCAGACGACGAUGUAGAGGAGAGUAGCGAUGAAAAUGAGGAAGAAGGUAUUGAGGACGAGGAAGAGCAAGAAGAAGGGGAAGAGGCAACUGAAGAGUCGGGUGUAAAAGAAAACGGCAAAGAAAUAAAUAAGAAAGGAAGAAAAGUCUUAAAAGCCAAGAAGAAGUCGGAAAACUUGGAAAUCAAAAAAGAUUUAGCUCAGAAAGUGACGUUGGACAGGAUUCUGACCGACGAAGACUUUAAACGCAUUGACACGGCGAACAUCAGGAAGCAGAUGCAAGGUCCGAAGAAGGGACUAAAGAGGAAGGUAGAAGAGAUUCCGACGACCCAACUGUCAGAUCUCGUUAAACUCAGCGAUAUAGAGAAUAUCUAUAAAAAGAGGAAGCACGACAAACAAACGAGGAUUGAGAGUGUUAAGAAAGGACAAGAGGAUAGGGAAAAAUUUGGGUACAAGGAUGGGAGGAUGAACGAACACUGCUCGAAAACGAACAGGGAGAAGAGGAAGAAAAAGAAUUUCCAGAUGAUCAGGCAUAAAGUGAAAGGGAAGGUGAAGAGGAGCUUUAAGGAUAAACAAAUUGCGUUGAGAAAUCAUUUGUUAAAAUUAAAAAAGAUGAAAUAAAGCUGUUUUUGUAAUCUAAA